AUGGGGUAUAAAUUCACUUUCAAUGGACCUACUAACUCGACUUGCUCACGUUCAUCUGAUUUGGACACUAGCUGGACAACCUUUCCGAAAUGCGAAAAAAAGAGAUGUCCGCUGCCAUUCAAACUUGCCAACGGCGAAAUUUCCUGCAGAAGUACACAGUACUUUUACGAUGAAUCGUGUGUAUUCACUUGUAACAAAGGAUUCAAACUAGAAGGAGCUUCAUCUAUGUACUGCAUGGAAAACGAAAAUUGGUCGAAGUCAACAAUAGAUAUUAGUUGUAAAGACAACGAUCCACCGUUGGUAACUUGUCUCCGACAAGUAUUUUAUGCCGAAAGAGGAAUGCUUUCCACACAUGUUUAUUGGGAAGAACCGACAGUAACGGACAACGUCGAUAUUGAUAUCGUCGCAACUAAACUCAGUACUGAUAUCAAUCAAGGAGAUGCCCUAAGUCAGGGGACGUAUGAAGUUAGUUACCGUGCAACCGAUAAACAAGGGAACUGGAAGAAAUGCAGUGUUGUUCUUGAAGUCAAAGUGAUUCGGUGUGAUCAUAGUCCAGCCGAUGCUCUAUCCGAUCCAAAAUUUUUGACGUACAACUGCACUGAUUUGUCAUAUUAUUAUGGCGUUCAAUGUGAUAUUAGAUGCGAGUUGAACCUUGACAGAAAUGGAUCGUCUUUUAUGACUUGUGAAAAAGAAGAAAAUAUAAACGUUGGCGCUUGGAAAUGGGAAUCUGACUUUGAGCCACACUGUAUAGUUGUUAGCUGUCCACCACUUUCUCCACCGGCAAACGGGGCAAUGACAUUCGAUACGAUAAAUGCCAGACCUAUGUAUGUAAUGGCAUGUGAAAUGGGCUUGGAGGUGCCCAACGUUGGCAAUGAGUUUACCGGUCGUCUUUCGUGCCAAGACGAUGGAGAUUGGUUUCCUUUGGACGAAUUUCCGGAUUGUAUCGAACCUAGUUUCCUCACCAUGGCCUUACCAGCAGAACUGUAUUACGAAGGCAACUGCAAUGAUGAUGCUACGAAAGAAUUGAUAAAGAACACAAUCCUUGGAUACUUAGCUUCGAUUCAAGCAGAUAUUGAAAGUUCGUUAUGUCCCGGCGAGAGCUGCUCAGUCGACAAUCUUGAAGUGAUUUGUGGUGAAUCACGAAAGCGGAGGGAGACCUUUCAUCAACGUAACAAAAGACAGGUUGGGUUUGCACUAGUUCGCUUUAAUAUUGGAGCUGUCUUCAAUACAACAAACAGAGAUGUUAACGAGGCGUAUAACCGUUUAUUGCCAAUGUUGCAAAUGAUCGAAAACAGAAUAACAAUUGAUGUGGCUGCUGGAAGUCUUGAUAUAACAGGAUUUGUACUGGCUGUCGAUGCCUUUGUUGUGUCUACUGCGGUUGAAAAGGUUUGCCCCAAAGGUUAUAUCAUAGAUGGAUUUAUUUGCAAGGCUUGUCCUGCCGGCACUUAUUUUAAUGCAUCAUCAGAGACUUGUGAGCUUUGUCCGAUCGGACAGUAUAUUGAAAUGUCUGGGAUGUCGGAAUGUGAUACAUGUCCAUCUGAUCACAGCACGAUGAAGACAGGGUCAAAAAUGCUUUCCAACUGUACAAGAUUAUGCGAACCUGGUUUUGUAUCAGGAACAACGAUGGUACCUUGUACUGCUUGCCCCAAGGGAACCUUUCAGCCUGAAAAAGGGCAAACGACAUGUGCUCAAUGUCCGCCCGGAACAACGACAUCUAGUGGAAACGCUAUAUCUUUGUCAAUGUGUCAGCCCUAUGAUAUACAGGAGAGAGAGGAACUUGCAGGAGCAUGCAACGUCCAGAUUGAAGACCAGCUGUCUUCUUUUGAUACACUGUUAGAUCAUUCCUUUGAUGGUAUAAUCGUUGUAGUACCAUCUACAUGUGAUCCUAUAGAUGAAUGCAGUGAAUUGCCGUGUGGAAACCACACUUGUAUCAACAAAAUGGAUGAUUUUGAAUGUAAUUGCCAAGAUGGCUGGUCUGGUGACACUUGUGAGAUUCCUCCAGACUUUUGUCAACAAAAUGAAUGUGGAAAUCACAGCAUUUGUGUUAAUAUACAAGAUUCAUACCAAUGCAAUUGUUCUGGCAAUUACUCAGGCACAUUUUGCCAGACACCACCAGGGGCCGGGAUAUGGUCAACGUGGAAUGAUUGGUCAAGCUGUGACGCUACAUGCGGUGGUGGAACGAAGCGAAGACAGCGGCAGUGUAUUUACCCAGGAGACGGAAUACCUGGAUCAGUGUGUCCUGGGAGAGCUCAUGAAUCUAGGCCAUGUUUUCCUGAGAAAUGUCCGGAAUGCCCAUCACUCAAACGUGGCAUUGGGACUAAGAAACACUGCGAGACAAAUCAUGUUACUGGACAGAAAGUCUGCAAUCUUACUUGCAUUAUUGGGACCACAUUUCCAUCCGGACAGAAGCCCUAUGAGUCAUACUCUUGUGGGAUGACAACAGGCUACAUUUGGGAACCAUUUGAUGUACUUCCUGAUUGUGAAGUUUUUGAUCCACCUACGACUUUGGGAUUAACGUUCGAAGGCGAGUUCAAUAGUGACUUACCUACCACAGGAAAAGAUGCAGUCGUAUCAAACAUUGAGUCUGAAACAAAUAUAAUUAAUUGCAUUACGACAAGCAAAUGUCAGAUGACAGUUCAUUGGGAUACGAAUACUUCGGAAAAGCAGAAAAGAGCAGCAACCGGGACAUCAAUUAGGCUUGUGUUUUCAAACUCCUUUGAAGGAUUAGAUGACCUGAAUAUUGCACAGUAUCUGACAGACGGAACAGUAAGCGCCGAUCUUAACGAACUCCAGACCGCAUUUUCUGACCUACAAGAGAUGUUUGAACUCCUCGGAAACAACAGCGCCACCAUUUUCACUGUUAACGUAGACGGAACAGUUUAUUCACUGGAUGAGAGCUCUGUUCAAUCCCACCUGUCAGUUACGUGUCAGUCAGGAUAUGCUGGAACUGACGGACUGUGUGUCCAAUGUCCAGCGGGCACGAACGAAAUCCAGUCAGUUUGUCGCAGCUGUGAUCUUGGAACAUAUCAGUCGCUGAAAGGUCAAACAAAUUGCUCUGUGUGUCCAGAUGGAUACACAACCGCAACAGACUUAUCUACGGAUGUGUCAGAUUGUUCAGGUUUUAAUGAUCACUUGGCUUCAGGGUGGCAAAUAACGCGUCAAUAA